GGUCGUGGGGGAAUGAACUGCUGAGUGGGCCCUUUCGUCCUAUCGUUUCUUAUAGCAGGAGGUUUGAAGUCGGAAGUGGCUGAUCAAAAUGCAAGAGGUGAUGGCGGACGGUGGGAGGAGACUCGUGACACUUGACAACGUCAUCGAUGCUUUGGACAAGCGCGAGAGGGCGCCAAGCAAUGAUCCAAAGGUUGAGACAUUCCACUUCAAGGGGGAUCGAGUAUCUGACUGGUUGGACCUGAUAGAGCAGGCGCUGGUAGGACUGUCAGAUGAAGUCAAGCUCCAGCGGGUCCUAAGGUAUAUCUUGCAUAGUCACCAUCGGGAAGUAAGUAAGGUCAUGGACGCCGCCAAUGGCAGUUGGACAAAGUUUGGGGACCUGAAGCGGAGGAAGUACAGACUGGGGGAUGGCCUGUUGACCAUGACCAACUUGGAGCCCAUGAAUAAGGAAGAUUUCUCUACCAUUGGGGCGUUUGUGCACGAAUUUAAGAAAAAGGCGAGGAAAGUGCACGGGAUUUCAGAGGAGGCGCAGUGCGCCACAUUCCUGGGAUUGCUUACGAGCUCGGAGGCCGCAGAAUUGACAAAGCAUGGGGAAGGGAGUGAGAAGCUCACCUGGGCAACUAUAGACAAAGGAGUGGAAGAAGGGAGCCUGGACCAGGUGGAGCAACACCAGAUGCGACUGCAAAGGCGUAAGAGGAAGGAAAGGGAUGCUACCGCAUCCGGGACCCCAGGGGUGAAGAGAAUCGUCACGGAUGUGUUAGCGGCACUGGGGUAUGACAGCGAAGCGGAAAUACAGAAAAGGGGGGUGGCGAUGGCCUAAGGCCGGGCGUCUGGAGCAGUGGAUGAGGAGGCCGGGCGCGAGGACUACGGAGGAGGGGAGACGGGCUCCCAAGCCCUGACUA